ACAGCCUCGCCUACCAACCAAAACCCCAGCUCCGCACCUCUUCUUCCCCCCAGCGCCGCCGCCACCGCCGCCGCAACACAGCGCGAGCACCCCGCCUCUUCUGUCUCGUUCUCGCAGAGGGUUUCAGGCGUUGUAUGUAGGAUCAGAUGGCGCUGGCAAUCUCCAUGGAAGGAAUCGAGGCGCGUGCGCGGGAGCUCGGGGUGGACCUCUCCGCCGUCGAUCUGGACUCCAUCACCCUCCCGGCCGGCGAGGACUUCGGCAUCCUCAGUGAUGAUGAGGAGAUACUUCGAAAUGAGGACCCUCCUGAACUUGAAAUGGGUUUAUCCAACAUUAUCGUAGUGGACAAUCUGCCGGUCGUUCCUCCAGAAAAAUUUGAGAAGCUUGAGAAUGUUAUUCGCAAGAUAUACAGCCAAAUUGGAGUGAUAAAAGAAAAUGGUCUAUGGAUGCCGGUCAACCCAGAUACAAAGAAGACAUAUGGCUACUGUUUCAUUGAGUAUAAUACCCCUCAGGAAGCUGAGCUUGCAAGGGAAAAAACCAAUGGGUACAAGCUCGACAAGUCUCAUAUCCUUGCAGUUAACAUGCUUGAUGACUUUGGGAAAUACAUGAAAGUUCCUGACACAUGGACGCCUGCAGAAAUAAAUCCAUACACUCCUGGAGAAAAUCUUCUGAAAUGGCUAACUGAUGAAAAGGCCCGAGAUCAGUUUGUCCUCCGUGCUGGUACAUUGACAGAAGUUUACUGGAAUGAUGUUAGAAAGCUGGCACCUGAACUCGUGUUUCAAAAGCAGAGCAGGUAUAAUGGCUGGCUGGGGGUGGGUGACGUCCGACGUGGAAGGAGGAGAGAGAAGGCAGCAGGCGACUCGCAAAACGCCGGCCUCAGCGGUCGGAGACGCGCUGCGCGGGCGGUGAUUGGUUGAGCAGGGUUGCAGCAAUGGGGCCCGCCACUGUGCCGAUGUGCUACCAGCCGGCUGCCGGCUGGUACUAUUAGCCAUGCUCUUAGAAGAAAUCCAUGUCGAUACUUAUCCUGUUACCUUUUUUUUCCAGUACUGGACAGACAGUUUCAUUCAGUGGUCCCCUCUUGGAACAUAUUUGGCAACUGUUCAUAGGCAGGGGUCACAGGUGUGGGGCGGUGAAAA